UAAAACGCGCAGAGUAACGAGAAGCACGGUCAAGGGGCGCCGUGGUGGGGGUGCGAGGCCGAGUGAAUGUAGAAAUGGCGGAGUUUAAUCAAACUACAUAUUUGGGACUGUUUGGUCUUCUUUGUCUUUUGGUUGUAAGAGAUUUCAUUGGUGGUAAUGAUUCUCACAACAGCGUUGAAGCGAGCGUCAGGGACACACCGACAAAAAUCGCAUCAAAACUGAUGGGUCCGACGGUUACAUUUUUGUACUGCUACUCGUGAGGCUACAGGAAGGCAUUUGAGCAGUAUGCUGGCUUCAUCAAAGAGAAGUUCCCUGAUCUGCAAGUGGAGGGGGAGAAUUUCCCUCCCCCACAGUGGAAGAUGGGACUUGCUCAAUUCAUUGGUGUGGCCAAGCUGCUGUUCAUAAUGCUUGUGGUAGCUGGGGGCAGUCCGUUCGAGUUUCUGAAUCGUGCCACGCCCCAGUGGUGGAGUUGGCUGGUGGAAAACAAAAUUUAUGGCUGCAUGAUGAUCUUCUUUGUCUGCAACUUCUUUGAAACCAACCUGAUAUCAACUGGUGCAUUUGAAAUUCAGUUCAAUGACGUGCCUGUCUGGUCGAAGCUGGAGACAGGGAGAAUUCCCAAUCCUCCGGAGCUGGCUCAGAUCCUAGAAAACCAGAUCCGCUGGUCGGGAACGAACAACGUGGGCAAUUUUUAGCCGCCCGUGCGGCAAGCGGCGGCCUAACGCGUCUGGUCGCGCCAGCUGUUGGCCGACUGCUGGAUGACGGUUGCCUUGGAAACCGCGCGUCGGUGAGGGUAAACCUGAAGUUGCACGUCAGCCAACGGGUCGUGCGGUCAGGCUGCGCCGGGCCCAGCGUAUUAUGUUAUGCAAUGCAUUAGUCUCGAUUCCGUUCGAUUGUUUGUGUGUUUAGGUAUUGCUCCUGUGUUUGUCACGUGCACUUCUCAGUGUACGCCAUGGAUAUCGUGCUGUGUGGGGAUAACUACCAGGGAUCACAAAGUGAGACGGAUUACCAUUUGUAUCACAUCGGUCAGCCGAAGGACUAUGUUCCUUCAGAGGGUGGAAUGAUUCUUCAGCAACAUCAGUCAUGUGUUCAAGAUGAAAAUUGUCUCCCUGGCUUUUUCGACAGGGGUGAAUACCUCCUCUGUGAUGCGUGAAGUAAAGAUAUGUCGGGGCAGUUUUAGACAUUUUCAAAGAUCAGCAUAUGUCUUCGUCAUCCGGGUUGAAUUUUGUUUCCUCGGUUUUGAAUUUCGCUCGGCAAGUCACAUCGACUUGUAAACCGGAGUGUCGUGCGCUGAUGGCCGAUGAUAAAGUAAUCGUGCCGUAUUUCCGUUGACUCGCCAAAGUGAUGAACAGAGAAGCGCAUUUGUGGGCAGAGUGAGUGGAUCCAGCAUUGGUGUGUUGCAUUGAUGGGCGUCCUGGAGUAAAACACGUUUCUAAUAACCGCAGAAGUUGGCGUCGCCUUUGUGCGAUGUGUGUGAUUAUCUUGAUGCUGGAGAAAUGGUACACAAUAAGCUGCAGGUACUGUCGAAACCUUCGACGUUGUUCUAGUUUUGCGUGGUCAUUGAAUAGCAAAGAUGUUUUCUUAGUUGAAUCCCGGAACUGCUUCUGUUUGUGUACAAUGAAGAGGACAAAAAACAAUGCAAAAUCAUCUAAAUGGGCAUGGUUCAGUCAGUUUUUCUCGGAACACAAGUGUUCUUUCAACUGCCUAAUUCGGGUUUGUUGACAUCCAUACUACUGCUCGAUGUGCUCAGGCUUCUCUGUAGUGCUCGCUCUGCAUAUAAUGUGGUUAUGUGUUCUUUAAAAAAUAUAUCAGUUCCCAUUUGAGGUCAUUUGGACGACGAGUAGUCGGCGCCUGUCAGACAUGUGUCUUGCAUACGAAUGGCUCUGGCAGAGUAUCGCUUUUCGGUGCCAGAGCCUUAUCGGUUGUAAUGUCAUGAAACCACCAAGAUCUGCGUGAGGUAGCAGGGGCAUAGCUGAAAAGAAGCGGACUUAGUGUCACUCUGAGGUGAUUUCCCUGUCAAUCGUAAGCAGACUCCAACAUUCUGGCGCGGUGCGUAGAACCUGGCGCUGCCCGGUUGGAUGUGACUUCCGCCUAGCUCUAGAAUGUCGGUACUAAUGGAGCAAAAAUGUGCGUUACUUUCUCUGUGCCAGGUGAUUUCCGGUGUCACGUGGACAACGUAGUGCGAAGGGGUGCAAAUAUAUGCAGCAUGCACUA